AUGGGUUUGGAUUUGCCCGAUGGUGGUCACCUAAGUCAUGGAUUCUUUACACCCCAGAAAAAAAUUUCGGCAACGUCGAUAUUCUUCCAAUCGAUGCCUUACAAAGUCAAUCCAGAAACUGGUUACAUCGAUUAUGAUAUGUUGGAAAAGAAUGCAAUGCUCUUUCGGCCAAAUCUCAUUAUCGCAGCAGGUCGACCACCAAACGAUUCAACAUUGGUUAAAGGAGUCAGAAAAAGGGAAGAACGAGGUUCUGAGCUAGAACUGAUCCAGUUGUAA